AUGGAUAACAAUCAGCACCUUAAGUAGCAACAGCUCAAUGAAAUGCAUGCAAAGAAUGCAUAACUAAUAAGCCAAGGGUUUUCUCAGUAGAUGGGAUAAACAAAUUUACAGGGAGGUUUUGGUGUGUCUCAAAACUCAGUUGAAGAAACAUACCUCGCUUUCAUUAAAUAAUAGGAUAUUGCCUAACUUUAAACUUAAUGGGAUGGCUAUUCAUAGCAGUAAAAUUUUUCAAAGAGUCAUAAUGUUCACAAUUCUCACUUAAGUGAAGAGGAAGAGAGUCAAUCUCUUUUUUCAAGGGGUUUCGAAGGAUUUCCGAUGGAUCAAGUAGUCUCUAAUGAACAUCAAAAUUAGGCUUGGUAAUAGUAGUAAAGGCAAUAUUAAACAGAUUAAUCUCAGCAUCAUCGAAACCAAGGAGUCUAUUAAAUGCCGAUUUAAGGAUACUAAAUGGCCAUGCCUUUAUAACACCUUACACCAUAAGACAUGCUAGGCUAAGGAACAGGGGUAUUCUAACAGUUUGAUGGUUCAAUCAAAGAUACAAGAAUAGCUUCAGAUCAUUAGAAUUAAGAUGCCUCUUCUAAACAUUAAGCCUUGAACUUUAGACCUGGCUCAAAGACCUCUGCAUCAAAGUUACCUAGAGAGUGGCAGAGUGAGGGCAAGGAUAUUAUUAUAAAGCUCGGAUCCGAAAAUGAGGCUAUCAUCAUCUUAAAUACAAUCACACAUCUAAUAUCCUAACUCUAGACCCCUGAAGCUUAUAAGGUAAAGGUUUCAAGAGUCCUUGAGAGCAUCUAGGAAAAAGAUGAUAGUGACAAUAACGGAUCUUCAAAUCAUAGCGGUGAAAAGAAUGAUCCAGAGUUGAAUUUUUAUGAAUUUGCCUAGGAGUAAAAGAGAUUCUUAGAAUAAGGUCUUGACGAUGAAGAAGAUUAAGGAGAACCCUAGGUCGAAUACUUCAAAGAUGAUGAGCAAUAGAAAAUCUUUUUUCAAACCUCACCAUUCUUCAUUGGGAAGACUUAAGGUUAUAUGGCCUAGAGCUUGACUGAAAAAACUCCAAUAGCCUUUAAUGUUGAGAACGAAUAUGGUAAAACUAAAAGAGCGUUUACUCCUCUUGAUUAAAUUACCACCGGUGUUUCAGACGAAGAUACACUUCAUUAUAAUCUGUCAGGAAAUCUUUAAAACUAUUCAUUCAAUCAAUCUAAUGAGGCAUUCUAGGCUUUCCAUUAAAGACCUCAUUAGUCAUCAGAGGAUUCUGGCUCAUUCCAUUCAGCACAUGCCAAUAUCCCAAAUCAUUUUAACGUCUAGUUAAGAUAGAGCCAUGAUAUUUAGAACCUCCAUCAAAUGAGAUAAUCCUUCCCAGUUUACAACAAUCAGCAAAUAUCUUACAUAGGUUAGAUUCCCUAAUAAAUACAGAGACACUCAAAUCCCUAACAAAAUAAUCAGUAGUUUAUUGCUCAGAUUCCCCCAAACCCAUUCAAUUCAAUGAUUAUUCCUUAAUAAACUCAGCCACUUCUACCAAUUGAUUAAUCAUUACAACCAAGUGGGACCAGCUUUGUGCUAAACUCCAUACCUAAUUAGUAAUAUAUCAUCAAAUAAAUGUAGUAAAAUGACCCAGCAUUCUAAUAAAUGACUAGGAAUUUACAAUAUACUUAGUAGUAAAGCUCUUGGCCAUAUCCCAAUAAUAUUUAGACAUCUCAGUUAUAGGCAUAAUAGCAGCAACUUUAGAACUAGAUACUACAGUAAUAGCAAAAGCUUUAGAGUUAAAGAAUGGACUUCUAAAAGCUCUCUGAGUAAUAGGCUUUCAAUCAGUCCAGAAUUAUGGCUUAGGAGUUCAAGAAAUAAUCAAACAGUUAUGAAAACUAGUAAUAAUAAUAGAUUGCCCAAGAUCUUUCACAAGGUUCCCUGCAAAAAUAAUUCUCUUAGCUUCACAUCCAAGAGGAGAAAAAGGAGUCGACAAGCUCAAUGUCUAAUUAUGAAAAAGAUUAAAAGCCAACUACUAAAAAUGAUCAAAGCUUAGAUUACAAACCGUCCUCAUCUUUUGCAAGCAAUAACACUGACGACAGAACCAAGAAUGAGGUAGACAUUACAAGGAUUAUGAAUAAUGAGGAAUCAAGAACUACUAUAAUGAUUAGAAACAUACCCAAUAAAUUCAAGCAAAUGACAUUACUUGAAAUGAUUAAUGAAAGACACUAAAAUAAAUACGAUUACUUCUAUUUACCAAUGGAUCUUAAGACCCAAUGUAACGUAGGUUACGCUUUCAUUAAUUUUGUACAUCCCAUAUAUAUUCUAGACUUUUUCCUGGAGUUCCAGAGUAUUGAGUGGUAAAAUACCACACACGAUUGCAAGAGUGUAAAAAUAAGCAAAUUAGCUUUCGCUAACAUUCAAGGAAAGGAUGAAUUAGUUCAGCAUCAUUUCGAUAAAAAUAUUAUGAAAAAAACUGAAGAGCAAAUAAAACCAUUGGUUUUAGAAUCGAAUCCUGUCCCUGAGGAGGAGAUCAAGAAGAUUAAGAAUAGAUACAUAAGUUGCAGGCAUUCAGGAGAGCUAGAUAAGAAACUAGCUAAACUUCAGAGGAAAUAAAGAAAGGCAGCUGUUCAUAAUGGUCCCCACCCACAUCACCAACCCAGUGAUCAAUCUAAUUCUCAUUAUUCCAACUAGAUUUAGCAUCACAACUAAGGAAAUAAUCCCUCCAGCUCAAACAAUUAAAAUCACUAAAGUUCAUAGUAAAAUUAAGGAAGUGUGAGAUCUGUUACCUAAUAAGCUUCUCACAGUUCAAGAGGUCACCAUAACAACAAUAGCAUUACAUAUGGAGGCUCUCAGUAUCCACAAAGUGCUAGAGGACAUACUUCAUCUACAAAUUACCACUAUACUAGUGGAUCUACCAGAAAUUAUGGUGGAGCGCAUUCAAGUCAAGGCAUAUAUAGCAGCAGUGGCAGCAAGAGAGGAGGAAAUAGCAACACUUAUCAUGGGGGUUCAAAGUAGGGUGGAUUUUACAGUGGCAGCAGCAGUGCAAGAUAAUAGCAAAAUUAUUAUCAAAAUCAGUCACAACCUCAAUACCAUCACUAUUAGUGA